AACGCAGCACACAAAUUGCAAACCCUAGCAGUCCGCAAGAUGCUCGUGGAUCUACUAGGGGCGGUGGAUAAUUACUCCUUUGGGACAUGUCAAUCAAGGAAGCUCUUUCCUCUCUAUCAUCCUCCAACCCUGUUGGGAAACAAGUUUCUCCCUCUGAGGGGAUCGCCCAACACAGGGCCUGGGCAUUAUGCAGCAACAGAUUGGAAUGGCUUGGCAUACAACCUAUCUAAAAUUCCAACCAGUACAAAGGGCUAUACUCUUGGAGCCAGAACAGCCUUGAGGUUUAAGCCAGUCAGUAAGGAUUUGACACCUUAUCCAGGCAUGUACCAAAAUGUAAAUACUUGGGAGGAAAAAACCGAACAAAGCUUUGCUCCAUUUAAUAUCUUGAUGCCUCGGUUUAGGAGCGAUUCAAAAGACAAUUCCUAUCCUGGUCCUGGCACAUACAAUCCAGAGAGGAAACCAGUCCCAAAAGUUACUUGGCCAAUGAAAUUUGGAUCUCCAGACUGGGACCAAGUUCCAUAUCUAGAGAAAAGAACGCUAAAAGCUGAGCUGUCAACAGACAAAGACUUCAGAAAACGUCGGAACCGUGUGGCCUACUUUAGCCUGUUCUAUGACUAAGAGGAAGUCAUUAACGGUCAGGUGUAGCCCUCCUGGCCCCCAAAUCUCCAGGACUGAGGGAAAAACUGAUCUUGUACUUCUGUAUUACUGUGGCCCUCUUGCCUGCCAGCCCAGCACACAGGGAGGGGAAAGGAGCUUAUAACUACUACCAUAUGAAAGCAUAAAGUCUGGUUCAGAAUGCUCUAACUCUGCUGUUUGUGGUCUGGUAGUUCAUGUUGGUGUUCAAUGAGGUGAUUUCAUUUCUGUGAAAUAUUCAGGAGUAUAUA